ACAUAGAGUGUUGAAAUAACGAGGAACCUUACACCGCGUGGCUCAUUCUAACAGACUAGAUAGAAUAAACAAGAUGGAGAAAGAAAUGGCUGGCGAAAUUUGUAAGGUGGCGGCAACAGCAUUUGCCGGCCUGUUUGCAGGUAGUGCCCUUGGUAGCAAUUACACUACUAUGCCAGCUUUGAUGAAGAUAGAAGACACGGUUGCAUUACGAGUAGGAUGGAAGCACCAUUUUCUCCUUGGAGCAACAUAUAUGCCUUGCCUUGCAUUGGGUAGUGCGAUAACUGGAGGCGUGGCCUGCUACCUGGAUAACACGGACACCAAAUAUUACUGGCUAGCUGGUGCUGGAUGUCUCGCCUUGAUUUUACCCUACACAAAAGCUGUCAUGCUGAGUGACAUCUACAAACUACUUAAAGAUGACGUCAUAGAAACUAGAGGCGUAGACUGGGUUCGAUCGAACAUCAACACGUGGGACAAACGCCACUUUGUACGCAGCAUGAUGUCAUCUGUUGGUUUUGGGAUCUUCCUGUAUUCACUCUACAACCGGAAAUGACGUUUAUCUUGUGCAAUAUGUCUUGGUGAUUAAGAGGAAUAGGAACAGGGUUUCGUGUAGUACGUCAUGUAGUCAAAUUGAUUGUGUUUUAUGAAACUCCAUUAAUAGCUGUAUAUCAACGCAUCUGCAGGUGGUUCAUAAAAAAACACGAAGAAAGUUUAGUUUUAAGCUUGGUUAUAUAUUACAUGCUAGUAUCAGUGAUCCGUAUAGUAGGAAACUGUAGUAUCAGUGUGUGUUUCUGUAAUUAUGUGUGUGACGAAACGUACAUAGUGUCGUUGUUAAAUAUACUGCAAAACUGUUUUCACGUGGCUUAAGAAAAUUCUGUUCUCAACUUCGUGGAUACAUAAUCCACAGUGCCAACGAAAACAGAAAAUGAAAAUAUCUCCAAAUUGAUAUAGACUUCGUUUGUAGGAUCAUCGCUACUGUAUGAUAAUAAAUGAGUGUAUGAUAUCCUUAAUAAAAUGCCAGGGUACGGAAUUUAUACUAAAUGUGCUGUUAACCAGGAAUAUAGAUUAAUGUUCAGUGAAAAUGUCACUUUAUUUUCCGUUUAAUAGUGUGCGCGUUACCCUUUUUUUGUCUAUGAUAAUGUUAUGCAUAGUUUUACUUGCUAGAACAAAAGAAGUUUUUAUUAAAAAUAUUUUCUUAUAUAAAAAGUAGCUUUUUCUUUCUUUUUUCAUGCCUUACAUAUUUGUGGGAAAUUAUGUAUUCAAUACAAAAAUGUGUGAUGGAACUUUACUAAAUAAAUACAACUGUUUAAACCUG